AUGAAAUUUAGUUCUACUACAUUAUUAGCUGUGUUAGCAUCACUUUCGGCCACUGUCAAUGCCGGAUGUUCAUUUGAAGGUGGAAACUACUACUGUUCAGAAACCAAAAAAGUCGUCUACAAGGGUAUCGGAUUCUCUGGUUCUUAUCAAGACGUUACCAAUAUGGAUGAAAACACUGGUAAAUGUACUCAAAAAUCAUAUUCCUUUAGUGGUAACUUGUCUCCAUUAGACGAAGAAUUAUCUGUUCAUUUCAGAGGACCUUUGAAAUUAUUAGAAUUUGGUGUUUACUACCCAAGCAGUAAUGGUAAUUCAAAGAGACAAGUUGACGAACAAGAUUGUAAUACAAAACACGUUCAUCAUAAACACAAGAGAGCAACUGAAGUUGUUCAAGUCACACAAACAGUUUUCGUUGAUGGUAAUGGUAACACUGUUACUUCUCAAGCCCUCCAAACCUCUACUAUUGAAACAAAUUCAGCUGCUUCAUCACCUGCUGCUAAUAAUGAUGCCAACUCAGGUUCUGGUUCUGGUUCCGGUUCCGGUUAUGGAUCUGUUUCUGCCCUUGACGGUGAAGGCAAAGCUUAUAGAACCGAUAUCUCAACCAAAUCUGCUCCAACCUCAACAUCUGCUCAACCAUCUUCAUCAGAAACUGCCUCUGCUGAUGGUGCUUGGACCAGAGACAGUCAUUACACUCCAGGAUCCACUGAUAACUGUGUGUUCUUGAACUAUCAUGGUGGUUCUGGUUCUGGUGUUUGGUCUGCUAAUUUUGGUAACUCAUUAUCUUAUGCCAACUCCGAUAAUUCUGGUGGGUCUUCAACUCCUGUUGCCUUGGGAGAAACCACUAUCAAAUCUGGCGAAGAAUUCAUCAUCUUCUCUGGUUCUAAAUGUGGUAGUAGUUCCGAUUGUGGUUAUUAUAGAGAUGGUACUGUUGCUUAUCACGGUUUCAAAGGAACUAGCAAGAUUUUUGUUUUUGAAUUUGAAAUGCCAAGUGAUACUAAUGGUAACGGUUAUAACCAAGACAUGCCAGCCGUUUGGUUAUUGAAUGCUAAGAUCCCAAGAACUUUACAAUACGGUGAAGCCACUUGUUCUUGUUGGAAGACCGGUUGUGGUGAAUUAGAUUUGUUUGAAGUCUUAAGCAGUGGUUCCAGUAAAAUGAUUUCUCACUUGCACGAUGGUCAAGGUUCUUCUCAAAACAGUAACAAUGGUGGUGGUGGUUCUCAAGAUUACUUUGCUAGACCAACUUCUGGAUCAUUCAAGGGUGCUGUUAUUUUCAACGGUGAUGAAAUCCAUAUUGUUCAAGUUGAUUCUAAUACUGAUUUCGGCUCAUCAUUAGAUGAAGAUACCGUUAACUCUUGGUUAAGCGAGUCUGGUUCUGUUGCUACUAUUGGCUACUAG